AUGCCCUCGGCCCCUCGAAAUCCAGCCGGGACCCGGCGCGGCGCCGGACCGGGGGCGGGCGACACUCGGCUGGCGGCGAAUCUCAGCCACCGAAGACGACGCCCCGAAAUGAGGGACGGUGACAUUUGCCGAAUAAAAGAAGACGGGAAGCCAACCAAGAUCAUUUACCAAAUCAGUAACCGACCAAUAAGUAAAUCACCACCCAGCUGGACAAUCCGAAGGCACCAAAAGGCCGCCGAGGCCUGCGGGCGGUGGGGGGACCGACGGCCCUGUCUGGCUCCCCCCAUCCGCCCGGUGCCCCCCACCGCCCGGCGCGCCCCCCGCCCGCUCGCCCGCCCGCCCCGAGGGCCGGGGGAUGGUGGAGCUCCGGGGUCCCCGUCGGUGUCGGUGGUGGUGGGCGUGUCGACCCGGCACCGGCCGCCCUGGGCCCCCAACGGGACCGCACGAGCGCAGUUCCGGAAGCAGCUGGAAGACUGCUGUUCCCCGGGCCAGCUCUUUGCUAUGACCAAGCUGAAUUCUCCUCAGGGGGCCAACCUAUGGUACGAUGGAGAAUUUCUGUACUCGUUCACUGUGGACAACGAGACCUACUCUCUCUUCCCUCAGACAACUCCCUUCAAGCUGCCAUUGAAGAAGUGUGCCGUGGUGGGAAAUGGUGGGAUUCUGAAGAACAGUGGCUGCGGACGACGAAUAGACGAGGCCAAUUUCGUCAUGAGGUGCAACCUUCCCCCUCUUUCCAGCGAAUACACUAAGGAUGUCGGAUCGAAAAGCCAGCUGGUCACAGCCAACCCCAGCAUCAUUCGGAAAAGAUUCCAGAACCUGCUCUGGUCUCGAAAGACUUUCGUGGACAGCGUGAAAGUUUACAACCGCAGCUUCAUCUACAUGCCGGCCUUCUCCAUGAAGAGCGGGACGGAGCCCUCCCUCCGCGUCUACUACACCCUGGCCGACGCGGGGGCCGACCAGGCCGUGAUCUUCGCCAACCCCAACUUCCUGCGCGGCAUCGGCAAGUUCUGGAAGAGCCGGGGGAUCCACGCCAAGCGCCUGUCCACCGGCCUCUUCCUGGUCAGCGCGGCCCUGGGCCUGUGCGAAGAGGUGGCCAUCUACGGCUUCUGGCCCUUCUCCGUGGACCUCGGUGGGCGCUUCAUCAGCCACCACUACUACGACAACGUGCUGCCCGACUCCGACUUCCACGCCAUGCCGGAGGAGUUCCUCCAGCUCUGGUUCCUCCAUAAGAGCGGCGUCCUCGAGAUGCAGCUGGAACGGUGCCCCGACCCCCCCGGUCCGGCCUAGUCCCCGAAGACCGCCGGGCGGAGGGGGCCGGACCCCGGGGGGUCCAUUUCGGAGGCCGCGAUGGCCUUCGGUUUCCGGGACCCUCGGGGGCUGAAGGGGAAAGGCCGGACGGCGGGGGGAUCUUCCAAAACGCACCUCAAGGCAUCGCGGCUGGACGGACGUCGGGAGGGCCGGCUUGCGGGGACGGGGGGUCGUCGGUUUGGGGGGACGAAGAGGGCCGCGGCGUUGGGGCGUGUCGGAGGUGGGAAGUCCGAGCAUCGUCCGGCCCCGGGACGGGCGGCCGGAUCCUCUUGGGAAUACUAUUUAUUCUCGGCGUCGCUUCCGGAAGGUUAUUCUGGGUCGGAAGGAGGAUGGGAAAAGUUGGUCGGCGGCCCCUCGAGGACGGGUUUUCGGCCCCGUGCGUUGGUUAGCCAUUAUUGACGGACUGGGGGACGGCAGGGCGGAUCCUGCCUCCGGCUUCCCAGUCCUCCCAGUCGAAGGAGAGGACCGGUCGGGGUCAGAGGGUCGGGGGCCCGGGGCUCGGGGAAGGCCGACAGGGAGAAGUCAGGCUAAAUAACCCACUGAUCUCUCCUCAAUGACGUGGACCGUUCGGGGAUCUUGGCCCCGACCGACACCAGCCAAGGAUGGCCGGAUCCAACGGUCUAGACUUCGACUCGUUAGAGCCAAAACGCCGCCUCUGUGACUAAAGAAUUUCCCCCGUGCUAUAUGUUCAGCGCCAUCAAUGGCAGGGCCCGCGGCAAGUGACAGAAUUCAGCAACCGAGGAGGUGCUGGCUACAUCCAGCGCUUAGAACAGCGUUUAGCACACAGUAAGGGCUUAACAAAUACCAUCAUUAUUAUCAUUAUUAAUUCUCCCUGAUUCUUUCAGUCACGAUCGGUUAGGGAGCCCAGUGCCCUUCUCCCCCUUUUAGACUGUGAGCCCACUGUUGGGUAGGGACCGUCUCUAUAUGUUGCCAACUUGUACUUCCCAAGCGCUUAGUGCAGUGCCCUGCACACAGUAAGCGCUCAAUAAAUACGAUUGAUUGAUUGAGGGACCAGGCCUGGCAAUUGGGGUAUUUGCGGUCUUUGUUAAGCGCUCACUGUGUGCCAGACACCGUUCUAAGCGUUGGGGUAGAA